UCCCGGCCGGAAGCCAACCCGUCAUCCCUUGCGAGCCCGGCGGCAGUGGUUUCGACGGCCGCUUUGGAGAAGCUUCGCUGGGUGGGCCGACAUGGCUGACGUGCUGGACCUUCACGAGGCGGGCGGCGAGGACUUCGCCAUGGACGAGGACGGCGACGAAAGCAUCCACAAAUUGAAGGAAAAGGCGAAGAAAAGGAAAGGCAGAGGUUUUGGGUCAGAAGAGGGCUCCAGAGCCCGCGUUCGUGAGGAUUACGACAGUGUGGAACAAGAUGGCGACGAACCGGGUCCUCAGAGAUCGGUGGAAGGUUGGAUCCUCUUUGUGACGGGUGUGCACGAGGAGGCCACUGAGGAGGACAUUCAUGACAAGUUUGCAGAGUUUGGGGAGAUCAAGAACCUCCACUUGAAUCUUGACCGGCGGACAGGCUAUCUGAAGGGUUACACGCUGGUGGAAUACGAGACCUACAAAGAGGCCCAAGCCGCCAUGGAAGGCCUGAAUGGACAGGACCUGAUGGGGCAGCCCAUCAGCGUGGAUUGGUGCUUCGUCAGAGGCCCUCCGAAAGGAAAACGAAGGAGCGGCCGUAGAAGAAGCCGAAGUCCUGACCGAAGACGGCGCUGAAAGAGUUUCCAUUUUGCAACUCCCCCACUGUGGAUGCUGCAGACGUCACCUUCCUAACUCCCGGGCUGAAUUCAGGUGGAGGGAAGGCUGUUAUAGGAUGCAGUCUUGGCAAAGGGGAGAGCGGUUCCCAUUUGUUUGCCCUAAUUGCCACCUGUUUAAUUUUGUAUUAGACUAAUCGUUUUUAAUUUUUUUUCCCCCUUAACCUUUUGACUGUUGUUGUCAAAUGACUUGAGAUUUUCAUUUUUUCCUGUGUCCUUUUGACUUUGCCCGCCUAUUCUGUGUUUGUAAAGAUAAUUCUGGUUUUAAGCCUGUAAAGCAGUGUUUCUCAACCUUGACCAUUUUAAGGCAUGUGGACUUCAACUCCCAGAAUUCCACA